AAGCAGUAUGGUUGUUUAUAGCUAGAAAUUUUUAGCGCCCAGACUCGCAGUUUCCAACUAGUGCGGAAAAGUAUAAUUUGUGGAUCGUUUAAAUUUUGUUGAAUUUGCAGCAGGAGCUGAACUAAUAGUUUAGCGAUUUGUUUGCAGGAAAUUUAUUAGCAGUGUAAAUUUACUAGCACUGUAAUCUAAGAUCCAAUAUGGCAGCACUGGAUGAAAUUCCACCUGUUCUUAAUUCUCUGUCAGAGCCUCCUCCGUUGUUUGAUGGAACCACAAGACUGUACAUCAAUUUGGCCUGUCCCUAUGCUCAGCGUGUUUGGGCUGCCAGAAACUACAAGGGCCUGACUGAUAUUCAGAUAGUUCCAAUAGAUCUGCAGGACAGACCUACGUGGUACAAGGAAAAGGUUUACCCUCCUAAUAAGGUUCCUUCUCUUGAGCACAAUGGCAAAGUCACAGGAGAGAGUUUGGAUCUACUGGAAUAUCUGGAGAGCAAUUUUGGAGGGCCUAAACUCAUUCCCACGGAUACAGCGAAGAAGGAGGCUGCAGUUGAGCUACUGAAGUACACAGACACUUUUACAAAAACAGGGUACACAGCCUUAGCCAAGCCAGAAUCUGAGGUGCCAGAAGCACUUGCCCCUACACUUGAUUAUCUGGAAAAUGCUUUGGAGAAGUUUGAUGAUGGGCCAUUCUUCUUGGGUGAAUUCAGUAAUGUUGAUCUUGCAUAUGCUCCUUUUAUUGAAAGAUUUUAUCUUGCAUUUUCCGGACUUAAGAAUUAUGACAUCACAACUGGGAGGCCAAAACUAUUGCAAUGGAUUCAGGCUAUGCAAAAAAUUGAUGCAUAUGCAAAAACAAGACCUGAUCCAGAGCAAGUUGUUGAAAAAUACAAGCGAUUUACGGUAUCUCGUCUGUGAUUACUAAAAUGCUAAUUAGAUUGCUGGAUGCAAAUGAACUUGAAAUGGAUAAGGAGCUGGAUUGUGCUUUAGAAUUCUACUACCGAGAUAGUUGCUGUGUAGAAUUUUCUUUUGAAUAAAUAGUUGGGGGAAACUUAAGGAUACUAUGAUUUCUAUAAUUAGGAGUGUUUAAUCCUUGUAAGUUCAUGUUUGAAGCAAUUUGCCAGACCACUUUAUCACUGUAAGAUCAAACUAUAAUACCUAUAUUAUAAUUGGUCAUAGGUUUUUUUCUCCAGUGCAAUGAGAUUUGACAACCGGAUUAGAGAGGGUGGCACUUUGAAUUUGAUGUUCAUUUAUGGCCAUCAAGCAAAAACAAGGCCACAGCUAUUCUAGCUCCAAAACAGACCUGUCGUACAGCGUGUUAGUGACAGGUUAGUCAAUCGCAACCGUUAACUACAAAAUCGACGGUGUAAAAUGCGCGAGUAACACGAGUGUUAGUCAAUCCGUACUUUCUUUUUGAAACCAGAAUAGAUGCGUCCCAAAAACAAUUUGGGUGGUAGGCAUACUAGUACAUAUAGUUGUACCACUUAUAGUACAGCAAUACAAAUUAAAGUAAGAAUUACUUGUUUGAA